UUUUUUAUUAUUAUUUUGUUUUUUUUUUUGUUUUUUUUUCAAUGACUUUGACUCGUUCGAGUUCACCUAAUCAACCAACAAUGACGACAAAUAAUAACAGCAACGACAAUGACAACGACGUUAAAGCUGAACAGCAACAAGAAGAAGAUCAACGACAACAAGAACAAAAUGAACAGUUACCAUCUACUCCAUCAUCAUCAGUUGAAAACCAGCGACCAUCUUAUAAUCGACCACGACCAAUGUCUAUGGCAAGUGACGAACACAUAAGUGUUUUAGAUCCAAGUAUUAUGGCAGAUAGAGAAACUAGUAUGCAUGUUACAGCAUGGGUUAGGGCUAAUUAUAUUAAAGAAAAAGAUCAUAAUGUACCUAGAAGAAAUAUGUUUGAGCAUUAUAAAGCUUAUUGUAUUUCAAAUCAUUUGACACCUGUCAAUUCAGCUACUUUUGGUAAACUUUUACGUUUAGUGUUCCCUGAUUUGAAAACAAGAAGAUUAGGUGUACGAGGUCAAUCAAAAUAUCAUUACUGUGGUAUUCGUGUCAGAACACUGAAUGACCCUCCUCCUCCAUUACAGCAACAACGACUUCCUAUGCUAGAAUUUUAACAUUUUAUUAUAUAGAACUGGAUCUACUACUACGACACCAAUCAUUGAUAAUACUACAACAACUGGGAAAAGUCAUAGUUCUAAAAAACAACAUCAUAAAACAAAUCGU